GACCUGCCUGGUGGCUCUGGCCCCGCCCCGCUCACCUCUCCCUGCUCUCACCUGAGAGGCAGCUUCUUCUUCCUGUCAGUCCAGGUUCUUCUUUCUGUUGUGUCUGACAGUGUCAGCAUGAGUGCUUCACUGUGGACAGAGGAGCAGUUUAACUGCCCUGUGUGUCUGGAUCUCCCAAAUGAUCCAGUCACCAUCCCCUGUGGGCACAGCUACUGCAUGGCCUGCAUCAAGGACUACUGGAGCAAGGACGACCCUAAGGGGGUUUACAGCUGCCCCCAGUGCCGCCAGACCUUCUGCCCCAAGCCCUCCUUGUCCAGGAACACCAUGCUGGCUGAGGCUGUUGAGCAGCUACGCAAAGGGGCCCGUAAAGCUGACGUGCGUGAAUCUAUGAGAAGCGCCCGUGGGGGUGCCUCCUCCUCAUCCAGGCCCAAAAAGAAGCUCUCCUCCUCAGCAGUGCCGUGCGACAUGUGCAAAGGAGAACAGCGAGCAGCAAUCAAGAGCUGCCUGGUGUGUAUGAGCUCAUACUGCGAAGCCCACUUAAAGCCCCACCAGACGAAGAAGAGCCUGAAGCAGCAUGAGCUAAUUGCACCAACAAGCAAUCUGGCUGAGAAGAUCUGCACCCAGCACAAGUACCUGCAGGAGUUUUACUGUCGCCAGUGUAAAAUGUUCGUCUGCUGGCUGUGCACCAGCAACCAGCACAAAGGCCAUGAGUGUGUGUCCACCAAGGCUGAGCGUGUGGAGAAACAGAAAGUGAUGUCCGAGAUGCAGGUGGAGAAUCAGCAGAGGCUGAAAGACAGAGAGCAGGAGCUGAAAGACAUGAAGAAGAUGAUGGAUGUGAUGAAGCGUUCCUCAGACAGGGUGCAUGACGACAUGGAGCAGGUGCUGUUGGAGCUGCAGCGCUCGGUGGAGCGUCUGCAGGACCUGCUGGAGGAGGUGCUGGAUCAGGCCAGCCUGGAGAAGAUGGGCCAGGCUCAGGAGGUCAUUGACAGCCUGGAGGCCGAGAUCAAGGAGCUGAAGAAGAGGGAGACUGAGAUGAAAGACCUGGUGCGCUGUGAGGACAACAUCCACUACCUGGAGACAUACGAGUCCAUGUGUAGUCCUCUGGAGUGUGGGGACCUGCCCACUGUGGUGGUCAAUCCAGAAGCUUCCUUUGAACCUGCACGAGACGCCAUCCUGGACCUCAGGGAAUGAGUCGAGGACCUGUGCAACCAGGAGCUGGGCAAGAUCACCAAGCAAGUCAAUGACAUGACUCUGUUCACGUUGGGAGACUCCAGCCGGAGCGGAGGACAGAAAGGAGGGAUUUUUAAAUUGUUUUCUGGUCUGGGUUCUCGUAACACAAACAGCCGUCCGUCAGCUUCCACACCCAGUAUCUCAGUCGGAUCUCGGAGUACAGACAGACGAGGAAUUGGUACAGGCCUAAGAAGUCAAGAUGUGAGGAGCAGAGACACACCACGAGCGGACAGAGGCCACGCAAGCUCACCGAGACCACGGGAAAGACAGAGGAGAGAGGAAAGAGAAACAGUGAGGGAGAGCAACCCCAGACCCAGCCCGAGACCCAGCCCCACUCCCAGCCGCAGAGAGUCUCAGUCUCUUUGGAGCAGGUCCAGUCAGAGCCAGGCUAUCCCUGCUGCGGCCCCGACCCCGACUCCAAUCCAAGUCAACCCAACUCCUGCCCCAGCCCCUGCCCCAGCUCCUGCUCCUGCUCCUACUCCUGCACCAGCAUCAACUGGAGGGUCAGGUUUCAGUCGGAUGGCGUCGAUUAGCAGCCUCUUCCGCUCCCAUCGCCGUGGCACCACCCCGGCUACCCCAGUCAAUAACUCACCCGCACCAGGAGGAAACCAAUGGGGGAUGGCUUCUCUGCCUGAAACACCAACAGAAAUUAACCCUGGUCUCUUCUUGGACUUGCCCACCCCGACCACCAUGAAUCACUCUCCUGCUUUCCCUGGAUUGAGAGAGAUCAACAUUGACAGCAUCCAGGCCCCAGAGCCGAGGACCAGAGAGGAGUUCCUACAGAACUCUGUGACCCUGACUCUUGAUCCCAACACGGCCCACCGACGGCUGACUCUCUCCGACGGCAACACUAAAGCCACCCUGCAGGCGGCGGUGCAGCCCUACCCUGACAUUCCCCAGCGUUUUGAUGGCUGGACCCAGGUGAUGUGUGCGAGCCCACUGUACGCCCAGCGCUGUUACUGGGAGGUGGAAUGGAGAGGCCGGGGCUCCUCUAUGGGUGUAGCCUAUGGUGCAUUGACCAGGAAGGGCUCAGACGCCCGGUCUGGGCUUGGCUACAAUGCCCAAUCCUGGACUUUGGAGCUGUCGGACACCUGCUGCUCAGCUAUGCAUGACAACGAGAAGAAGGACAUACCGGUAACCUACUCCCCUCGCCUGGGUAUCUACCUGGACCUGUCCGUGGGCACGCUGUCAUUUUACAGCGUAGCAGAGAGCAUGACACACCUUCACACCUUCCGUGCUAACUUCACCCAGCCGCUUUAUGCUGCGUUUGGGGUGGGCAGUGGAGUCGGGGUGGGUCUGGACUUCGCCCUCGGCCAGUUCAGCUCCAGCUCUGACAGCAUCAAGAUUUGUCCCAUGUGAGGGUGGCAGCUGAAUAACGCUACAUUAAAUGGUGAUCUUGAUAUAUUUCAACCCGGACCCUAUGAUCUCAUGUUUUGGGAUCUAAGUAACAAAUAAAGACAAGAAUUUUGAAAUGGUACAGCAGCCAUGAAACAGGCUGCAAUGUGACCAUUUGGGUUUGACACCGACAUGCUCAGAUUAUUAUUUUAAGUGCCUGACAACAUUAUGGAACAGUUCCCUACAAAGAUAGACCUUAAUGUUUAACCAGAAACAGCCCCAAAAUCAUUAUAACCAGGGCCACCACACUCCAUUUAUAUAAACAGAAAAUAUUAACAUGGUAACACACACUUUGGUCAAAGUUCACAGAUGCAAAAUAAAACUCACAGAAGCCAUCUUGGGUUUGUCUUUCCACUGUUCCAUCAAUCACCAUCUCUGGUUUGGGUGAAAUAAGCCCUUAAUUCACCCAGUUAGACGUGAAACGAUGCUGGCUGUAUACAUGCUUAAAUUACAUCUUAUGUAAAUGAAGUCUGGUGGAAUUGUCUAUGGUGAUUUGGGGGCUGUAUCUGGUUAAACAAAAAGGAUCUCACUCUGCCUCAAUACUGGACCGAUUUCAAAAACUACUUCAAUACCAUCAGACAACUGAUACAGCAGCUUGGAAGUGCUCAUGCUGAUUUAAAUCUCAGGACACAAUGACUGAAAGAUUCUGUAAAGUUUGCUUACACCUGAUUUUUUUAAAAAUAUAUUUUAAAUGCACUUAGUGAGCAAGGUUUUUGUCUAUAGCCAUGGCUCUCUGGAUUGCAAUAUCAGUGUGUUGGUUGGUCCAUUACUUUGGUCCAGAUAGAAAUAUCUCAACAGCAACAGCAUUCCCAAAAUUUUAUAAUGAGUAGCAGUAAACCAGUCAGUGACUUUGUUUCCAUUGCUUUAUUUUAAAAAAGAGGCAACUGAGUAAUAGCCAUGAGUAGUUUACAGAGGAUCAUGAUCUUGGAGGGGAGGCAAGAAGUCAUCACAGGACAUUUUGUAUUUUAGCCAAAAAAAGACCCAAACCCAAACCUCCUGCUGUACUGGAAAAUAUGACAACUACAACAAAUCUAAAGAUA